AUUUUUAACAAUUGAAAAAAAAAAAUAAAAAGGAAAGGAAAGCUAACAUUGAGGGACAUGAAAUAGUGUGCUUAACAUUCUUAAAAUAUUAAACCUCGAUUUUUUUUUUUUUGCUUUUGUAAAUUUUCUGUUUGAUUGAGAAGCUAAAAGAGCAUGUCAGAUGACAGGCGAGGAUUUUCUCAGCUGACAAACAACAGACAUCUGCAGGAUAGAAGCUGUGGCAUAGCUCAAACAAAAUGGCAAAGCUCAAGGAUAGUCAUAGAGGAAAAUAUUGGAUUGGAAUCUUGUUCUGAACUGGAUUUUGUGAGAAGUUGCUCAGGACAGGAAUCUCUUUGUGCAGUCCCAGAUCAGACAACCACCGCAUGCAAGCUCAUCAAAGUUCAUGCUGUUACUCUGUCUUUUCCUUCUACGAUACUCUCUUUCACUGAGAAUGCAUCUCAAACUUCACAUGUUUCACGUGUAAUUGAUUCAGACCAGCAGCCAUACAAUGAGUCAGAGGCUUCUAGGGUGCUGCAGAAUGUGCAUAUAUCAGCUCAAUUAAUGGAGGACUUUCUUGAACUAGCUAAGGACAACACAAAGAAGGAUCUGGAAACCUGUGGUGUUCUCGGUGCUUUUCUUGAAAGGGGGACAUUCUAUGUAACCACUCUCAUAAUACCUAAACAGGAAUCAACUUCAAAUUCUGCUAAAAAUGAGGAGGAAAUUUUUGCCAUACAAAAUGAACGGUCGCUUUAUCCAUUGGGAUGGAUACAUACACACCCUUCUCAGAGUUGUUUCAUGUCAUCAAUAGAUCUCCAUACUCAGUACUCAUAUCAGGUAAUGGUGCCUGAGGCUUUUGCCAUUGUUAUGGCUCCUACCGAUAACUCAAGGAGUUAUGGGAUAUUCCGGAUUUCUGACCCCAGUGGAAUGAGUGUACUCAAAGAAUGCCAGGAGAAAGGAUUUCAAUUUCAUUCUCACAAAGAAACAGAAAACGGGAGCUCCAUUUACGAACAUUGCACUCAUGUCUACAAAAAUUCAAAUCUAAGGUUUGAGAUCUUUGACCUGCGCUGAAUUAUGUUAAUGUCCACAAUUAAAUGGGUGCAACCUGCAUGCCACAUAACAGAAUUUGGCUGAUAAAAGAACGCUAAGUAAAAACAGUGUUUCUUUAAAUAAGUGUGCAUAUUGCUUCAUGUAUAGCUGUAAUAAUGAUGAGGUUGCACCUAUAAUGUGUUUUAAUUAAUUACAGUUUCAUUUGAUAUGCA